CAUCUGGCCCCGCCCGCGCGGCGGCUCGGCUCCUGUCAGAGCCGGCUCCAGUCAUGGUGCUGCCCAGUGUUUUGUAAGUUGGCAGCAGAGGCUCGGGACGUGGCGCAGGUCCCGAUGGCGGCCCUGGCGGCCGCGGCGGCCCUGGCGGCGGCCGAGCCUGCACCCGCGGUGCCGCAGGCGGCAGGGAGCGGGGGCCCAACCUCGCGCCGAGACUUCUACUGGCUGCGUUCCUUCUUGGCCGGAGGUAUUGCUGGAUGCUGCGCCAAAACCACAGUUGCUCCCUUGGAUCGCGUAAAGGUUUUGUUACAAGCUCACAACCACCAUUACAAACAUUUAGGGGUCCUUUCCACACUGCGCGCUGUUCCCCAGAAGGAAGGCUACCUUGGAUUAUAUAAAGGAAAUGGUGCGAUGAUGAUUCGGAUCUUCCCUUACGGUGCAAUCCAGUUCAUGGCCUUCGAGCAUUAUAAAACGUUCAUUACUACAAAGCUGGGAGUUUCUGGUCAUGUGCACAGAUUAAUGGCUGGAUCCAUGGCAGGCAUGACAGCAGUUAUUUGCACUUACCCUCUGGAUGUGGUCAGGGUACGCCUGGCCUUCCAGGUCAAAGGAGAGCACACCUAUUCAGGGAUCAUCCACGCCUUCAAGACAAUCUACGCCAAGGAAGGUGGUUUCCUUGGAUUCUACAGAGGUCUGACGCCUACUAUACUAGGAAUGGCUCCAUAUGCAGGUGUUUCCUUUUUUACCUUUGGUACCUUGAAAAGUGUUGGGCUUUCCUACGCUCCCACCCUGCUUGGCCGACCUUCGUCUGACAACCCCAAUGUCUUAGUUCUGAAAACUCACAUAAACCUCCUUUGUGGUGGUGUUGCUGGAGCAAUAGCACAGACGAUAUCCUACCCUUUUGAUGUGACCCGUCGGAGAAUGCAGUUAGGGGCGGUCCUGCCGGAGUCUGACAAGUGCCUUACCAUGCGGCAGACCAUGAGGUACGUGUACGGGCAGCACGGGCUUCGGAGAGGACUGUACCGUGGCUUGUCUCUCAACUACAUCCGCUGCGUGCCCUCCCAGGCCGUGGCCUUCACCACCUACGAGCUGAUGAAGCAAGCUUUCCACCUCAACUAAAAAAAAAUCAUAAUUUGUAGUUAUUUUCCUCAGUAAAUUCUCAGAAAGAUGUGUAUGUAUGUAUGUGUGUGUGUGUGCGUGCGUGCGUGCAUAUAUAUGAUACCUUAAUUGUGAGGGAAACAUUACUUGAAGGGGACAUUUGCCCUGAAUCAGGAACCACUGGUAUUUUAAUACUUGAUUUUUUUUUUCAGUUUUUAAAUCAUAGAUCAAAAAUGCUCAGCAUAAUUUGAUUUUUCUUUUUGAUGGGAUCUCCAUAUGUUACCCUGGCCAGCCUGGAACUCACUGUGGAGAAACCUCUUUGUGCAGAGGCAAUCCUCUUGCCUCUGCCUCCCAAGUACUGAGAUUCCAGGUGUGGGCCACCAUGCCUGCUCGGACAUACUUUUUAAUGGACAACAUUAUACCUUACAACCCUGAAGAGCCAGUCAUCUUGGGCUGACUGUGGCUACCUGUUUGGUUAUUUUAAAGUGUUAUUUGGAAGGAAAAGAAAGUUCACAUUUGAGUUCAAGAGAUUGUCAUUAGUCCUACCAUAGGAUUCCCAACUUUCCGUUAUAAUUGUGGUUACUGAGGUGUGGGGAGGGGCCUUUGCGUGCCAAGCACAGGUUGUACCCACUAAGCCACGCCCCAGGCCUGCAAGCUCCAUAGCACUGAGCUAUGUCACUGGCCUUUCCUUCUUAUUAUGGCGCUGGGGAUCACACUCAUGCAUGCUGAUUGUGUAAUUGCACACUGCCAAUGGCCUACACCCCCAGCCCGCUGACACCCCCCCCCCCCCCCGCUCAUUAUUCCCCCUCCCACUCUGUCCUUUCUCUGCUUGUUCUGGGGAGUAAACUCAGGGUCUCUCUUGCCUAUCUUACUAGAUAAGCGCUCUACCUCUGAACUACAUCUCCAGCCUUCUAACAUUAUGUAAUGUUAUUAAAAUCAGCCAACUUCCUUGUAUGGUAGCAGAAUGAGAACUGAAUAUGUAAGGUCUGUAAAAGAGAGCCAGCAACAACGUACUGUUCUUACUAUGUUUCUUCUCAUAAUUCUGCUCCAGUUGAUAAAAGACACCUUUUCCUUCAUGGUUUGAAAAGCAUUUUCUUUUUCUUUUCCUUCUUUCCUUCUUCCCUCCCUUCCUCCCUUCCUCCCUUCCUCCCUCCCUCCCUCCCUCCCUUCCUUCCUCUCUUUGGGGAUUGAAUCUAGGCCCUUGUACAGCCCAGGCAUGAUGAGAUCCCAUCAGAAAGCCAGGUGUGCACUGAGGCACAUCCCCAGCUGUCUUUCAUUCUCAAUAAAAUUAGUGUUGUAUUUUAAAGGAGAUAUUCAACAAAUGAAUAAGUUCCCAGGUCUUGUUCAAAUGCUAUGAUCAUGGACUUUGAUUUUCAUGAGUUUUAAAAAGCCACUGUGUUUCCCAAAGGCAGUGAUAAUAAAAAUUAAAUAUCUUUGUUCUUAAAAGGAGAGUAGCAUUGCAGAUGCUUGUCUUAAAUAACUUGGUAUGCACUAGAGAAUUUAAAUGGACCAUUAAUUUAGAGGAAGCAAUGUUUCUGAGGUAUUAUGUCGAGACAUAAGUUCUUCCAUGUAGGUUUAGUAUGUCAUAGUCCUAAGCGUAAAUAUAAAACACGUUUUGAUUGUUACAUUUUAAAGAGGUUAUAUAGAAUAUAAGAAUUCUGAUCAUUGUGUUUAGAACACUUUUUCAUUGUAAGCAUGACACAUGGAGUAGAAGCAGUAAGCUGUCUCUAGAGGUAGUGAUUUGUAGAAUUGAUGUGAUUUUUUAAAACAUUAAAAUUAAGCUGCAAAUGUUACUUCUGCAUUUUCAUGUAUGUAAAGAUUUCUUGUCAUAUCUUGAAAAAAUUAGGUGAAUUAAUUUCAUUUUUAUGAUCUUUGUUUUAAAAAUAAAAAUGUAUCUUGUGAUUUUAAAUGUACCAGGAGUGGGGAUAAGUCUGUUUAUAAAGCUCUUUUGUAUAUUUUAAUUUCUGGACCACACUGUAGCUAAUUAUUCCACUCAAUCUUAAGGUAAUUUAAAUCUGUAAAAUAAAUAUCUCAAUUAUAUUAUCAAUAAAGAGAACUGAAAAUAUUUUUUAAAAUAAGAAAUUGCAUUCUAUGUCUGUGAUAGAAUCCAUAAGAUAUUAAAAGUAAUUUUUUUACCCUUG